AAGGUCUCUGCCACAUUCUCUUCCUUUGUGAUAAUGUCGGCUGAAUAUGAAGACAGACUUCCCAGAGAUAAUGGCCCAGAGGGCAUGGAGCCAGAUGGUAUCAUUGAGAGCAACUGGAAUGAGAUCGUGGACAGUUUUGAUGAGAUGAACCUGGGCGAGAAGCUGCUCAGGGGAAUCUAUGCCUAUGGUUUUGAAAAACCCUCCGCUAUCCAGCAGAGGGCCAUCCUCCCUUGUAUCAAGGGUUAUGAUGUGAUUGCACAGGCUCAGUCUGGUACUGGGAAGACUGCCACCUUUGCCAUUUCCAUCCUGCAGCAGAUCGACAUGGAGCUGAAGGGCACCCAGGCCCUGGUUCUGGCCCCCACCAGAGAGCUGGCUCAGCAGAUCCAGAAGGUGAUCCUGGCCCUAGGUGACUACAUGGGAGCCUCCUGCCAUGCCUGUAUAGGAGGGACAAACGUCCGUAACGAGGUCACCAAGCUCCAGGCUGAGGCCCCUCACAUAGUGGUGGGGACCCCUGGCCGCGUGUUCGACAUGUUGAACCGCAAAUACCUGGCCUCUAAGAACAUCAAGAUGUUUGUGCUGGAUGAGGCAGAUGAGAUGUUGAGUCGAGGUUUCAAGGACCAGAUCUACGAGAUCUUCCAGAAGCUCCCCACCAGCACACAGGUGGUGCUGCUGUCUGCCACCAUGCCCCAGGAUGUCCUGGAGGUCACCAAGAAGUUCAUGCGUGAGCCCAUCCGCAUCCUGGUCAAGAAGGAGGAGCUCACCCUGGAGGGUAUCCGCCAGUUCUACAUCAAUGUUGAGAAAGAGGAGUGGAAGCUGGACACCCUGUGUGAUCUUUAUGAGACACUGACCAUUACCCAGGCUGUGAUCUUCAUCAACACCAGGAGGAAGGUGGACUGGCUCACUGAGAAGAUGCACGCCAGGGACUUCACAGUCUCUGCUCUGCAUGGAGACAUGGACCAGAAGGAGAGAGACCUGAUCAUGAGGGAGUUCCGUUCAGGCUCCAGUAGAGUUCUUAUCACCACUGACCUGCUGGCCAGAGGUAUUGAUGUCCAGCAGGUGUCCCUGGUGAUCAACUAUGACCUGCCCACCAACAGGGAGAACUACAUCCACAGGAUUGGUCGAGGGGGUCGUUUCGGUCGUAAGGGCGUUGCCAUCAACAUGGUGACUGAGGAGGACAAGCGUACGCUGCGGGACAUCGAGACGUUCUACAACACCACCGUCGAGGAGAUGCCCAUGAACGUGGCUGACCUCAUCUAGUUUCCACAUUCUAGAGGAUUCCGUUCUGCCCCAGAUCCCGCCCCCUUCCAUCUCCGUCCCAAACCUUCUCUCCCCCCUCUACAACACUCGGCUUCAACAAAAUCCAGAACAAACGUUCCCCUGUCCCUUCAAAUAAGGAUCACUCAGAUCCCUGGUCCCUGCCGUUUACCACCUUUACCUGGUAUCCGAUAGGAUCCUUCUAGAUCCCUCCCCCUCUUGACCUGUGAUCCGAUCCUGUUUCACCAUGAUUCCGGUCCUUGACCUAGUGGUAUUCUAACCCAAUACAAAUAAUUGUACUCUUAACUGGGGGGUCCUGUCUUGUCAUGGCCCAUUUACUUUUGAGUCUGUGGUUAAGCUUGUUUGAGUCCUACCUAACCCCACCCACACCUUGUCUUUCCAAAGUCUAAAAUGUCUUCUGUUUUGGUGGGUUGGUUCAUUGUUGGUUUUUAAACUCAACUCCCUGACAUGAUGGGACAAUCGCGCUACUCAGACUGAAGUUUAGAACUGAAUAUGGUCGUUAUUAAAGAUUACCCCAUAUAGUUGGAUAGAGGCCACAUCAUUCAUCUUUACCACAAUGGCUUCUGUGCCCCCUCUAUUCAACUCUAUGGCCUACCCUGACCUGACUAUCCAAGUUCUGGUUAUGAUAUCCACUCUACCCCCAAAUGAUGCAAUUUAGUGGCAUUUGUGUAUGUGGGGGAAAGUGACAUGCUUUUAUGCUGACUAUGGCUGUCUGAUUGCACCAUAUACCCUAUAUAGUGCACUGUAAGCAAUAGGGUGCCAUUUUGGAUGCACCCUCCUUACUAUUGUGAAGUGUAUCAUUGAUCUACAGUCAGUGGGUGUUGCUAAUUCUUCAGUAAGUGUGCAACAGUAAAACUAUACUAUGGACCUUUUGGGCUUGGAGAUGUGUUAUUACAUUACCAUUUGCCAGAAUAGUGCUUCUAAAAAGACUACAAUGUAUCAACUGAAAUUGGUAUCCAACCCUAUUCUCUCGGUGGUUAAGGGGCUUCAAAGAAUUAAAAAAUUGUAUAGAAAAAGAAAAAAAACAAGCGAUCAUGAAUGAGUAUGAAAUGUUUUCCCCCUUGAUCUUGAUGUCUGAGCUCUCUGCUGUGUGAUUCUCUUGUUUAUAUUUCUGCUUUAUCCUGUAUAGUCCCAAGUUGUGAGGUAGCAUUUUAUUAUUUUGGUUUGAGACCUGCUCAUUAUUGGUGGGGUGCAGGGAAACUGACCGCACACGGCUGAAUAGGAUAUGGAGGGAGAUUACAAUCCAUACCCUGUUUCAAGCUGUCACAAGAACCCUGCUGUGGGGAUUUGAAAGGCUAGGUAUGUUUUGUUCUUUCCAGAAAUAUCUGAUUUAGAAAAGGUGGUGUCACUUUUGUAACCUACCUCACCAAACUGUUGGAGUGGUCUUUACACAUAGGACCAAACUACAAAUGAUUGCGUAUAUAUAGAGAUUACUAUUAUAACAAUGUCUUUUUUCAGUUUAAAAAAAUUGACUCAUUGGGUGGGAGGGGUGGGUUGAAAGGGAUGUGGGGAUUUAUUGAUUGGUCAGUGCUAUUUUUAAAAUGUGAUUAUGAAAUUUGUUAACCUUUUUUUGAGACGGAGGCCGUGUAUUAACUUUUCUACAUUGGGUUCUGUAUAGUAUUUAUUUUAAUGGUCUUAAAUAAAAUAAAGGUAUUUCUCCUUUUUAACAAGUUAA